ACGCGUGUUGGUUCUCGUGUAUCUGUCAUCUUUUGUUUUUUUAUUUUGUCAUUAAAAGGCGACGCGCGCAUCCAGAUGAGGUGUCCUCGCACCCGUGCAUUAGCUAAUUAAUGAACCCCAAUUAAUUGGCAUAGUUACCUCUUCCCUUUGUAGUUGUUGGGAAGUUUUGCAGUGUCCGAUACUGAUAUGGCAGAUGUGACAAGUUUGUCCCUGAGUCAGGAGGAGGGAUGGUAUCUUUCAGAAGAAGGGGUUGAAGCUUUUAAGAAUUCCUCUGACAAACUUAAUAGAAAUGCUGUUCUCCUGUUUGCACUCAAUACAGAUCUUAGAACUCUCGGAAAGAAAUUCCUUCCCAUCGAUAUCAAUGGUGGAAAAGUAGAAAAGUUGGAUGGGCCAUGUGUAUUGCAAAUUCAAAAAAUUCGAAAUAUUACUGCACCAAAGGAUAAUGAAGAAUCUCAGGCAGCUCCUAGAAUGUUGCGAUUGCAGAUGACUGAUGGCCAUACUAGCUGCACAGCAAUAGAAUUCAAUUUCUUAUCAAAACUCAGACAAAGACUUUCGGAGGAGGUGGUAUUGCUGGAAGCAAUCUUAAUGCAGUUGCUGGAGGGAGCCGUACUAGGGAAACCUUCCAAAAAGAAAAGAUAAUCAAAAAUGAAGGGAAAUCAGAAGGAGUCUAUAGAGAACUGGUUGAUGAAAAGUCACUGAUAAAAAUUACAGACAUGGGCUUCAGUAAAGAUGCAGCAAGACAGGCUUUAAUGGACUACAGUAACAAUAUGGAAGCUGCAUUAAAUUUCCUUCUUAAUGGCAGUAAACCGAAGCCUGUACAAGGACCACCAGUAAGAGGUAAAAGCAAAGGAAGAGGUAGAACACGUGCAGAAGAGGAUGAUGGGUUGACCAGUUCUCGACCUUCGGCACCAAGUACACUUUUUGAUUUUCUAGAGUCCAAAAUGGGGAGCUUCUCAAUUGAAGAAAACAAAUCACAAAAUCACAGCCAAGGACAGCACAAAUCCGCUAAUCUGGAGCAAAAUGGUGUAAAAGAUUACGGUCAACCACGGCAGUUUUCAAGAAAUGAUACCAGAGCUCCACGGAAUGAGAAACCACCUCGAUUUCAGAAGGAUAAUUAUUCAUCUAGGCAAUUUGAUGGCAGUGGACCACCAAGAGGUAGAGGUCCAGAGAAGCUAAAUGCUCCAGUUCCUGAACUUUGGAUGGAAGAGAGGAAUAAAUGUGAAAGGGUAUAUGGAAGAAAUGACAAGUUGAAGGAUUUUCCAAACCCUUCUUCUAGUCAUCAGAAUGACAAUUCAUUUAAAAAAAGAGAUAAUACUAUGCAAGUCAGGGCCAUAAAGACAGGAAAUACCCCUGAAGUUAAAGAGGAUACCAGCUAUCAGAAUAAUAAUACAGAGACUGCUCAUCAAAAAAGAGGGAAAAGAGAAGACCAAAGACACAACCCUGAGUUUUUUGCUGACAGGAGAUUACGAACAAAUAGCAGUGACAUGUUCACUAGUUUACCAAAUGAUAAAAGUUUUAAUGUAAUUAACGAACCACUCAGUUUUCAGAAUUCAUUAAUUAAAGAUGGUGCUAAUGAUGUACUAAAUGGAGAGGUUGAUCAUAAAGGAAGAAGAACUGGGCCUAUCAAACCAAUAGGACCACAUUUAAAUUCCACACAUGAUGACAGAAGUAAGAUAUUUUCUUACAACAGUAAUUCUAAAAAAAGAUCUGGUCCCAUAAAACCAGACAGAACACCUGAAAAUGUUUAUUGUGGAUUCAGCUGGAGGCCUGGAGAUGAAUGCUUAGCUCUCUACUGGGAGGACAAUAAGUAUUACAGAGCUGAGGUAGAGGCCCUUCAUUCUUCUGGAACAACAGCCGUUGUUAAAUUUUGUGACUAUGGAAAUUAUGAGGAAGUCCUUUUAGACGACAUUCGGCCUAUUCAAGCAGAGGCAUGGGAGGAAGAGGGAGAGUAUGGAGACUCGCUUGAUUUCCGUAGAGGGGGUGAUGGCCAGCCAAGAAGAUCUACCAGACCAACACAACAGUUUUAUCAACCACCAAGAGCACGGAACUGACUGACUGUUAAGAUACAUCUUGAGUUUAUGACAAAGAAACGCUUCAACAGUUUUCAAAGAAGUGGUAUAUUUUUCUAAAGAAUUGGCUUGCACUGUGGUAUCAAUAGAAACAAAUUGUGGAAACAGACUAGAAAUGUAGCUAAAAUAUGUAAUCAUGCCGUGACUAGUUAAAAUGAAUUUGUAAAGGACUAAACAUUUCUUUUUUUGCGUUUUGCAUUUAAUAAAACACCACAGUGCUCUAUAAAUCUGACUCAUGAAUAUUUUAAAGAUGUACAUCUCUCCAUGUUAAUGCUAUUUUAUCUUAGCUCAAAAGAACUGAUAUGUCAAAAUGAGAAAUAAUGGUUUCCAUCGAUUGUUAAUGAAUAUUUUUUGGAUCACUUGUUCAACACAGUUUGAAUUUCUCACAAUGGUUUGAUUUUCUGAACAGCCUUUUGCAAAAGUCGGAUUCCGUCAGUUCCUAAUCUAUUGCCCAAGUAUUAUCUCAAGUCAACAUUUCAUAAAGUAAAAUCUUUUUUCAUGUUGCAACACCUCCAGCACAAAUGCAUUGUCAGAGACAGGGAUUUGCUUUCCUGAUUGUGACUUUUUUUCUUUUCUUAUAAUGACCCAAAGCAGCGUAGCUUAAUUUUCCAAUCCUUCUUUUCUCACGCACAACUAAAUGAGAUUAGUGAUGGGUGAUUUUUCUAAGAAGUUCUUUUCUAAAAUUAUUUUUAAUGUUACUUUGCAUGGGCAUGGAAGUGUCAGUAUAUUGUUAAGAAAUGCUCAGAGCACUUUAGUCAUAACACAACACGGAUUAUCAGGAUUAGCAACAAAAAUAUACUGUAGGCAAACUACUUAAAACUGCAUUAACUAAAUGUUAUCUUCAUUUUAACUUUAUUUCUGAAAUCUUUGAAGAAGGGUAUAAUAUGCAAGUUAAGUUUGAUUCGCAUCGAAAAUAAACAUAAUGAGCAUUAACACAUCAGCCUGCGUGGUUUUACGGCUUCUUUAGUUCAAACAUCCGGCACAUUGCCAGCACUGCUGUAAAGCAAAUAAUUUAUGAUUCACAGUUUUGGCACAAACAAGUGCUUUUUAGAUCAAGAGAUAUAAAAUAGGGUAUCUAGGAAAUGAAAUUUUAUAGGAAUGAGAGAAUGGCGGAAGUAGAAAUAGGGUAGAGAAAAAAGUCAAAGGAAGAGAUAAAGGUUUAAUAAGGAAAUACAAAAGAGCUACCCCACAAGUUCAGCACUUACCAUUUGAGGGGUUCAAUGUCUACACAAAGGGAAUGUUAUGUGUAACCCAGGAAUACCAUAGUAUUUACAGUUCAAGGUAUGACACGGUUUUUAAGAGAUUAAUGCAAGGACUGAGCUUUUUACAAAGUUACAAAAAUAUAUACUUCUAUAACAUUAUGCUAUUUUACUAGAUUGCAUCUCUGCUAAUGUGGUGUAGUACACAUUUUAUAAUUAGAAGAAAUAAGACCCAGAAAAAAAAAUUGUACUUUUAUGUGAAUAGUAAUCGAUCAUCAACAUUUUGUGGUUUGGGGAGCUUUCCAUUUGGCCAAUAAUGUUAACUUUAUUUACUGCACUAAGAAUAAAGGGUAAAGGUUUUAUUCUGAAUAUUAUUUGGCUACCACAUAAGCCAAAUAAUAAAGCUUAUGAAACAAAAUUUGAUGCAAUACAUAUAAUAACAUCUGACUACAAAAUGUAAAUAUAAUAAUUACGUGGGACCUCUCUUGCAAUAAUGAUAAAACUCUUUGGGGCCCACCAUCAAAGAGUACAUUUCUUUGAUUAAUAUAUGGUUAUUAACUAUUAUCAUUUUUACAUCAUUGAAUAUCUUCAGUGUUUUAAUGACCUGCUACACAACAAAAAUGUGAAUUUAGGUAUAACAAAGGUUUUAAAUGGACAUUAAUCACUAAAUACAUUUUAUAAGGAUAGUAUUGAGGCUAUUCCCCACCUCCCUCUAGUAAUGGAUGCCGCCAUGUUGAAAUCUAACUUUUACUGCUUUUCAAUGCUGAUGUGUUUGCACAUGUGCAUUAAAGGGACACUCAAGUCAAAAUUAAACUUCAAUAUUCUGAUACAGCAUGUAAUUUUAAACAACUUUCCAAUUUACUUCAAUUAACAAAAUGUGCACAGUCUUUUUAUAUUUACACUUUUUGAGUCACCAACUCCUACUGAGCAUGUGCAAGAAUUCACAGCAUAUACGUAUAUGCAUUUGUGAUUGGCUGAUUGCUGUCACAUGAUACAGGGGGAGUGGAAAUAGACAUAACUUUUCAAUUUAUUUAACAAAAAUCUACUACUCAUUUGAAAUUCAGACUAAGUGCUAUUGCAUUGUCUUCUUAUCAUGCAUUUGUUGAUUAUGCAAAUCUACUGUAUUGACUGGUCCUUUAACUCUCCUUGCAGUGUGACCUAGGCUCCAAAAUGGAAUUAGAAGGUGCAUGAAAUUUGUUUAGCUUUUAAUGUCCAUUUAAGUAAUAAACAUAGGGACACUACUCAAAUUUAUAUGAAGUAAGAAACAAAGGAGUAACACAACAUAAAGUGCUAGAAAUUUGUAGAACUUUCAACAGGAGCAGAAGAAUUGCAUUUCUACUAUCUGUGUGGUGUUCUGCAUUUUGUUCCCUUAUCACUAAACUGUAACAUGCGAGGAAGGGUUAUUGAAUUUUACUUUUCUUGUAUGGAGAACAAGCUCACAAUUUUAUAUCAGUUCCAAUGAAUAAAAAUGUUUUUAAAUAAAGUUUAAAAUAUUAUAUGAA